GUGUCCGAGCAUCAGUAUGAAAGCAGAAGUGCGGAAGUGUGCCGUCGUAUUAGCAGCGACCUUUGACAUUCCGACCUCCGAAGAGAAAAACAAGGCCUGGUACCUGUGGUAAAGGCAGUGAACGGUGGCGGGCACAUUUGUAUUCGAGUCGUCGCUGAAGCAGCAGUAGGGAAAAAAUGCUUUUAAGAUUACUGACCAUCCUGUGGAUGUCUGGCCACGCCUACGGUCAGGACAGCCUGGCCAGGAUGGAGAACGACCUGCUCACCUUUUCGUACAAGGUGGAGCAGUACUUGGACCCCAGCAAGCAGCCAUGUCAGGACUUCUACGGCUACGUCUGCUCGCGCAGUGCCAACCUUAGCCAGACGGGAAGACAGCGUUUCCAGAACUUGCUCAAGGAGGCCGACGUCUCUCAGCUGAUGGACAUGGAGCUCCAGCUAGUCAACUUCUUUAAGUCAUGCGAGAGCGGAAGGGGCAUAGAGGCGCUCAAGGCCUCUCAGCUGUUCCGGCUAAGCGGCGGCUGGCCUGCCCUGGAGCCAAUGAAGUCCAAUGCCAGUCAUCGGACGAACCAAACGCAGAGCUGGCUUACGGUUCUCGGGCAUUUUCACGACGCCGGGGCGCCCUACUUCUUUGAAUCAGUGGUCACCAUGCAGUCCAACAAGCGCUUGGUGGUGCUCAAGCCCGACUUCACGCGUCGAAACACUCUGAGAAAGUUCGAGCAGCGGGUGGGCGAGGUCCUGCAGAGCUUCGGAAUCGAGCAGAGCCGCGCCCACGUGGCCGCCCUCGAGGUGCUGAGUCUCGAGCGCAGUCGACGGGACAUUGUCAAGGCGGAGCACAUGGACGACCAGGUGGAGUUCAGCUAUGGCAACUUUAAGCGCUACGCAUUCGGAAACGCUUCUCUGGCCAAACUGGACUGGGGUGGAUACUUCCGGAAGUUGCUGGGUGGUAAAACGCUCCAGGAGAGAGACACGAUAGUUGUCAAGCAACUGCCCAGGCUGGUCGAGUAUUUCGUUCUACUCCAGAACACCAGCAUGGUUCGGCUGCUUAACUGGAUCUGGACGGACUACUUAAUUGAUAUCGUGGAUGCAGACUGCCACCAACUGGCGGAGACCUACGUCGGCGAUGUUUACGCGCACGUGGCGCCGAGGGUUACUGCGAAUCGCAACGAAUUGGCCCAGAUGUACUCUGUGCUGGGGAAAGCCUACGUGGAUCAGCUGACCGGCUCUGAGUGGAUCGACGAGAUCUCGCAGCAGAGCUCGAGGCAGUUCCUCGGAAGCGUCACGCGCCUUACCAUUAACGGCGACGAGCUCUUGGACGCCAGUUACCACGGUAUCCUGCUGGGCCGGCGGAGCCUGUACCGGAACCUGGAAAAGCUUCGCAAGUUCCAGCGACCGCGGCAGCAGCCCUCACCAUCCACCCAGCUGGUGCGCCACUACAACCUGGCAUUUGCUACGGUCGGUGCUCUUUUGGGGCAGCGCAACCUCAGCACGCCCCUCAACUACCUUCUGCUGGGCGAGUACUUUUCGCUGAGCCUGGUUGCUGCGGGCAGUAGCUCCGGCACCCCCGGUGCCUGGCGUGGCUCAGACUCGGAGCAGCGCUUCAGCUCCUUCAAGGAGUGCGCCGCCGGACAAGCUAACCCCAACGAUCUGCUCCUCAGCAUGUUGGCCCAGAGGCUGGCGCUGAGUGGGUACCGCCAAUGGCUAGCUACCCGGACAAAGUUCCAGGAGAGAAUUGACGCACUCAUGGCGGCCGGACGUUCGAAGAUGUCCCUGCAGAGGCUCUUCUUUGUGGCCAACCUACUCGCGGACUGCCGCUCCGAGCUGGGCGCCCUGCAGCAGGACCGCAAGCGGCAGGUGACGCACGCCGCGCUGCGCAGCUCGGGGGAGUUCGGCGAGGCCUUCCAGUGUCGUCCUGGCGACAGUCUCUACCCGCAGCACCAGCGCUGCAAUCCCCUCUAAGUUGGUCGGAACUCGGACCUUGAACCUCCGGUUUCUGCUGCCCCACCGCUGGUGUUAAAAAUCGAUAAGCCGUGCCGCAGCCACUGGAGCUCUCCCUCGAGCAACCCCCAAUCGAUUGAUUUUUCCCGUCCCCCUAUACCACGGUGCACCACGGUGGCACCAUAUGCUUACGGAUAGGUUACGUUAGUGUGAGCGAUUGAGGUGAAAAUAAACGAUUCGCUGUUUGCUUGGAAAGACUUA